AUCAAGAUUUCCUCCUUCGAGAAGAACUUCAAAAACUUCGUGCUGAAUUAGUUUUCCUCGAGAACAGAUAUAAAGAUGUGUGCGUCCGUAACACCCGAUUGAAAACUUUUAUGCGAUCUCAUGUCGAAAUUUUUUCCCUUCGAACACAUGUUACCCAACUUCAAGAUAUUUUGAAAGAGAAUGAGAUUCCUGUACCAGCACCACCUCCUCCUAUUCCUUGGGUUUUAGAUACUACAGUACGGUCCCCUACUUGGAUUAUUAAUCCUGAAUGGUCCAAACUUAAUCCUAACACUAUUCCUUUUGAUAAUCCGAACAACGGAUAA